CAGGAAUUUCCCACAAGACCCCGCCCCCGGCUGAGUCACAGCACUCUUGUGUGUGACCUGAAGCCCUCCCGAGCUGCAGAACCCUGAAGACCAAGGAGUGGAAAGUUCGCCAGCAGCCCUGAGAUCUCAAGGCUUUGCUUGUAUCAUACCUGUGUCAGAUUUCAUCAUGAGAAACAGCUGUUACAACAUAGUAGCCACUCUGCUGCUGGUCCUGAACUUUGAGAGGACAAGAUCAUUGCAGGAUCUGUGUAGUAACUGCCCAGCUGGUACAUUCUGUGGGAAUAACAAGAAUCAGACUUGCAUUCCCUGUCCUCCAAAUAGUUUCUCCAGCGUAGGCGGACAAAGGGUCUGUGUCCUGUGCAGGCCGUGUAAAGGUGUUUUCAGGACCAGGAAGGCUUGUUCCUCCACCAGCAACGCAGAGUGUGACUGCAUUUCAGGAUUUCGCUGCCUGGGGGCCGGAUGCCGAAUGUGUGAACCAGAUUGUAAACAAGGUCAAGAAUCGACAAAAGAAGGUUGUAAAGACUGUGGUUUUGGGACAUUUAAUGAUCAGAAACGUGGCAUCUGUCGACCCUGGACAAACUGCUCUUUGGAUGGCAAGUCUGUGCUUGUGCAUGGGACGAAGGCAAGGGACGUGGUCUGUGGACAGUCUUCAGCCGACCUCUCUCCAGGAGCAUCCUCUGUGACCCCGCCUGUCCCUGCAAGAGAGCCAGGAUGCACUCCGCAGAUCAUCUCCUUCUUUCUUGUGCUGACAUCGGUUGUGGUGCUGUUCCUGCUGUUCUUCUUCGUGCUCCGUUUCUCUGUUGUUAAACAGGGCAGAAAGAAACUCCUGUAUAUAUUCAAACAACCAUUUAUGAGACCAGUACAAACUACUCAAGAGGAAGAUGCCUGUAGCUGCCGAUUUCCAGAAGAAGAAGAAGGAGGACGUGAACUGUGAAAUGGAAAUCGAUGGGGCUAUUGGAACUUUCUUGAAAAGAAGCAAGGAAAUACAAGUCAUCCCACUAUUACAUCUUUCUAAAAUGAAGAAGACCAUCCUAGAUAAUACCCAGGAUUACCCCCAACACACAUUUUUUUCUAAAUGCUAAUGAGUUGGCCUUUAAAAAUGCACCAUUUUUUUUUUUUUUUGACAGAGUUUUUCUCACUCCGUCACCCAGGCUGGAGUGCAGUGGCAUCAUCAUAGCUCCCUGCAGCCUUGACCUCCAGGAGCUCAAGUCUCCUGCCUCAGUCUCCUGAGUAGCUGGAACUAUAAGCAAGAGCCACCACAUCUGACUAAUUUUUUCAUUUUUUGUGUUUUUAUUGGUAGAGGUGGCAUUUCAUCAUGUUGUCCAGGCUGGUCUCAAACUCCUGGGCUCACUUUGGCCUCUCCAAGUGCUGGGAUUAUGGAUGCGAGUUGCUAUGCCUGGCCAAAAAAAUGUAGCACUUUUAACAGAACAAACAGGAGGGGACAGAGCUCGUG